AACAUUUCAUUCUCACAGUGGCAGCCAUCGACGGCGUCAGCAGAAACCAAAAAUUGAGCGGAAAGAAUCAAAUUGGAUGCGAUGCAGGUGCAGUGUACCUGCACCCAUUCACUCAUGAGAUUCACGCCUUCUUCAAAAUUUUUAAGCUUUUCAAAUCACUUCAACAACGUUUUCAAUAUUGCUUCUUCUUCCCCUCCAACCCCCAAGUUCCCAUCUUUCAUUGCCGCCGCCAUGUCCUCUGUUUCCACUCCCAAUGAAACCGCCACUCAUAAUACCCAUCGUCCUUUGCAGAUUGCAAAGCGCUUAGAGAAGUUUCAGACAACAAUCUUCACCCAAAUGAGCUUGCUUGCCAUCAAACAUGGAGCCAUAAACCUUGGUCAAGGCUUUCCCAACUUUGAUGGUCCAGAAUUUGUAAAGGAAGCAGCAAUUCAGGCAAUCAGGGAUGGGAAAAAUCAGUAUGCACGGGGUUAUGGAGUUCCAGAUCUGAACAUUGCCAUUGCUGAGAGAUUUAAGAAAGAUACUGAACUAGUGGUAGAUCCUGAAAAAGAAGUUACUGUUACUUCUGGAUGCACAGAAGCAAUUGCUGCAACUAUAUUAGGACUGAUAAAUCCUGGUGAUGAGGUUAUCAUGUUUGCUCCUUUUUAUGAUUCUUAUGAAGCCACUUUAUCCAUGGCUGGUGCAAAAGUCAAAAGCAUCCCUCUGCGCCCUCCAGAUUUUGCUGUCCCUAUUGAAGAGUUGAAGUCCACAAUCUCGAAGAAUACCCGGGCCAUUCUCAUAAAUACGCCUCACAACCCUACUGGAAAGAUGUUUACUCGAGAGGAACUCAAUUCCAUUGCAUCUCUUUGCAUUGAGAAUGAUGUUCUGGUUUUCAGUGAUGAAGUUUACGAUAAGUUGGCAUUUGAUAUGGAUCACAUUUCUAUAGCUUCUUUGCCUGGGAUGUUUGAAAGGACAGUGACGAUGAACUCCUUGGGGAAGACAUUCUCCUUAACAGGAUGGAAGAUUGGGUGGGCCAUAGCACCCCCACAAUUAACAUGGGGAGUGCGACAGGCACACGCUUUCCUCACUUUUGCAACCUGCAAUCCUAUGCAGUGUGCUGCUGCUGUAGCUCUAAGAGCACCAGACUCUUACUAUGCGGAGCUAAAGAGGGAUUAUAUGGCAAAAAGAGCUAUUUUGGUCGAAGGAUUGAAGGCUGUUGGCUUCAAGGUAUUCCCAUCCAAUGGAACCUACUUUGUGGUUGUAGAUCACACCCCUUUUGGACUGGAAAAUGAUGUUGCAUUUUGCGAAUAUCUAGUUAAGGAAGUCGGAGUGGUGGCAAUCCCUACAAGUGUAUUUUACUUGAAUCCAGAAGAUGGAAAGAAUCUUGUCAGAUUUACUUUCUGCAAGGAUGAAGAAACUAUUAGGUCUGCUGUUGAGAGGAUGAAAAAGAAGCUUAGAAAAUGAUCCCUUUGCAUUUUCCAGUUGUGAUAUGUAUUGGAAUGAAGACAUUUAUUUAUCUUUGUAGAACCACUAAUGUAGGAUUGUAAUAAAUCUGGUUAAUUGAAAUGGAUGCCCGGCAAUCUUUAGUCAUUACCAACAUCUUAUCCACCAAGAUUAUUUUUCUUCCCCUGAAAUGAAUCAUCAUCUGAAGGGUAUGUACAAUGACCAGAAAGCAUGCCUAUCAGUGAGUAAGUGAUGUUAUCCAGAUUUGAUUUAACUUUUACCGUUAGUACGAGUUGUAUUUCCAUGAACUACUAUCAUAUUUUUGCUGAAUCUUAUCCCCUCGGGCCCAAGCCUUUUACCUUUUAUUAUCCUUUCGUCAGGAUGCAUAGAAUCAAUA